AUGCAAUAUCAAUCAAUUAUCGCAUAUAUAUUUAUCGUACUUUGUGGUAUGACAAUUUUAAUGGCACAAGCUAAUAAAGAACGUGAACAAUUUACAGCUCUAUUACAAAAACGAAAACAUCUUAAUGGUUAUUGGGUGGGUAAAAGAUAUUCGAGUGUAUCUGAUGAAGAUUUAUAUGAUAGUGAUGAAGAUCAAUCAGCAGAAAGACGAGCAUCUUAUUUAGUUGGUAAACGUCGUACAUAUUUGGUUGGUAAACGUGCCGCUUAUCUUGUCGGACGUAAACGUCGUGAUCUGAUGGCUAGUGGCACUAGUCAAAAAUAA